AAAAAAUUAUGAAGUACUAAAAUUUUAUUUCAGAAUUAUUUGUUGUUCUCCCUCGCACCAAACGGCCCCUACUGAAUGAGAUUAUGAGUAUAUUGUUGUGUCAAGUAGAAAGUCUACUCUCUCUUACUAUGUCUGUCCAACUUUCCCUUUUCAAUAUUUCCCUCAUUAUUCUCUCAUCUUUUAUGCUGAAUACUCUUCAAUUCUCCUUUCUAAACUUCAACAACUCACAACCCAUUUCCCAAUCUUCAACCUUCAAUUCUCUCAUCAUUUCCUUAAUCACUGCUAAAAAAUAUAAGUCCAAAUUUUAAUCUGAGGCCACGGAAUAAUGGCACAGAAAUAUCUGCAUGAACUUCUUCAAGAAGAUCAAGAACCAUUUUACAUUGCUAAAAGACACAUUAAUUUUUCUACCCGAAAAACCUCUUCCUUACAAGUCAAGAAAAUUCAAAAACCAAUAAUUAAUCAAACUCCAACAUCUAAAUUUUGCAAGAAUACUUGCUUUUCUUCCUUUCAUGACUCACCAGACUUAAGAAAAUCCCCUUUGUAUUUGCCUUCUCCUGCUCCAGUGAAGUGCCAAGAAAAUGGGAAAUUUGUUCUACAUGUUCCUGCAAGAACUGCUACUUUACUUCUUGAAGCUGCAAUGAGGAUACAAAAGCAACAAAGUUCAUCAAAAGCGAAAAAACAAAUCAAGAAAGAGAAGUUUGGUGUUUUUGGAUCCAUUUUGAAGAGACUUAAAGAUCGAAAUGGUACUAAGGAUGAUGUGUAUAAUAGAUCUGAUACUUUUGUGGACCCCAUGCAUGGCGAGACUUUUAGUGCUCUGGAUUGUUCUUUUUCCAAAGAUCGAAAAGAUACUCUCGCAGAAAUGCUGAGUAAGAUUGCAUGUGAUGAAACCUCGUGGUCAAGUCCUUUUAUAAACUCAAUGCAUAGUGAGAACUUUAAUCCAUCAAAUAAUUCUUUUUCCAAAGAUCGAAAUGGUACUCUUGCAGAAAUGCUGAGUAAAGAUUCGUACGAUAGAUCAUUAAGGUCUAGUCCUUUUUCGGAGCCCACGAAUAUCAUGUAUAACGAGAGUUUAAAUACACCGAGCUGUCCAUGCAAUAACAAAGGAGUACUUAACAUUGAAAACAAAGAAGAGAAGUUUAUGGACUUGGAGAAUUAUAGCAAUAAUGGUGAUUUUAGUCCUUUUAGAUUUUCUCUUCAAAGGUGCUCGUCCUCCGGCGAUGUUAUGCCGGAAUUUAAAUCUCCGGCGGCUUCUCCGAUGUGUCACAAGAAAGAGGACAAAGAAAAGUAUGAAACAAUUAUAGCUUUGACAAGUACCGAUAAGGUAGAAGAAGAAGAAGAUGAUGAAAAUGAGAAAGAGCAAUGCAGUCCAGUUUCUGUAUUGGAUCCUCCAUUUGAGGAGGAGGAUGGACAUGUAGGUGCGGAGGUCGAGGAGGAGGAUUCUGAUCUUGAUUGCAGUUAUGCACACGUGCAAAUGUCGGAGUCAGGAUUUUCAUUGAGAGGUUCAGAAGUAUACAUACGAGCUAGUCGAAGGGGGUUCAACAUCUACUAUAUAUGCGUAAAAAAUAGUUUUGACAAUGUAAAAAUUGUAUAAAAAAAAUAUAAUUUUCUGUAGGUGGCUCUGCCAUUGUUUAAAUUUACAUCAAGGGUCUUUCGAAACAUGCUAGAUAGGGGUAAGUCUUGUGUACUGUAUGUGAAUUUAAUUGACUUCUAGUACAAUAGUUUUUUAAAAAUAAGUUGUGAAGUCAUUUUCAAUAGUUACGUUAUGGAACGCUGGUUUAUUCAGGACAUGCAUGUUUGGUUAGUACAUAUUUUUAUAUAGUAAGGUCAUUUCAUGAUCAUUUUAAUUGAUUAUGCUGAUAUUGAUAUGUGAAUUAUUUGAACACAUAAUAAUGUGGGAUCCAUAGAAGGAUCAAAUGUCUUAAUCAUAAGGUUGUACAUGCGUUUCCUGUACUUGUACAUUAUAUUCAUAUGACAUUAAUAUGACCUCAUUGUCUCCUUACAUAAAUGCAUGACUCAUUGUUGUGGAUCUUUUUUAACCCUAACUGGUAGAAAAAUUAAUUUUGACAAGUGAAAAAAAAAAGAGAAUCUUUGUACAAAUAGCCGGUCAGAUUCUGUUUAUGUUUUUUUAGUCAGUAUAUGCAUAAAUUAUCCAUGAUUAUACAUAUAUUAUACAUAUUUUUUUUUGCCUAUUUUAAGUUUAAGUGGUUGAAUGAACAGCUAUUCGAGUUAAUUCUUCUUUUACAUUCAUGCUUGCUGCUGAACUUUUCUUUUUAAUUUUGCAAAUCGAAUUUAAUCUCUUGAUAAAAGUUUAGAGAUUAUUGAAUGAAUAUAUUGAAAAUUAACGUGAUUUUUUGUGUUACACUUUUAAUAGGAGCACAACAGCAGCUUUUGCAUAAGCUUCGUAGAUUCGAGAAAUUGGCAGAAUUAGAUCCAAUUGAACUCGAAAAACUAUUGCUCGAA